AUGUUUUCGUAUAUUUAUUGUCACUACCUCAUAUUACGAUCAUCAUUAACAAGUAUUUUGCUAUCCAGUCGUGCUCUUUGUUCGAGUUCAGGGUCGAACUCAACUUCGUCUCAUAAUCAUUCUUUAAGAGUGAUGUCGUUUGAAGUUAAACGAGCGCAAGAAGCACAACCUGGUGGUGAUACAAUUUUUGGUAAGAUUAUUCGAAAAGAAAUACCUGUAAGAAUUAUUUUGGAGGAUGAUGAGAUUUUGGCGUUUUAUGAUGCGCAUCCUCAAGCUCCCGUGCAUUUCCUUGUGAUCCCAAAAAAGCCUAUUGAAAUGCUACAAGCUGCUGAUGAUAGUGAUCAAGCCUUACUAGGCAAGUUAAUGUUAACAGUGGCCAAAAUCGCAAAAUCACUCGAUUUAAAGGAUGGUUAUAGAGUUGUAAUUAACAAUGGAAAACACGGAUGUCAAAGUGUUUAUCACCUUCAUUUGCAUGUACUUGCUGGCCGUCAGAUGAAUUGGCCUCCUGGUUAA